CACUACAUGUGUUAAUGCAUAUGCGAUCCAAUAGCAUUAUGUUGACAGUAUGUCGUCUGCGCUUCGCUAGUACUCAUGUUAUUGGGCACUCUUCUGCACGUCACAGCGUGCGAGCAAAGUGCGUUAGCAAUCUUUCGUGCAUUUAGGCACCCAUUGCUUUCGGCAUUUAGGGAACAAAAGAUAAACUUACAUCACUUAGGAAAGCCCCUCUCUGUCGGCUUCAUCUCGAGCUUAACGGAGGCCCGGCGACGCAUCAUGGACAGGCCUUCAGGCCGAUCCACCUUUGCGAACGACCCUGCCUACCAGGCCGCCCUAGAGGCAGCCGCGCGGGGUUCUGUGCUCGCAGCCACCUCUGGCAUGUCCCGCCUGGGCUUAUCCCCGCAACCGCAGCCGCCUACCAGCCGCGCCCUCACCACAGAGGCACCCGCACCUCCGCCCCCGCCCCCUCCAGCCCCGCCUCAGAGGCCCCCCACAGAGCCUCCCGAGUCCGGCGCCGCUGGCCCCUCCUCCUCCACAGCACCACGUCGCGGCGGCUCCGGCCCCGACGGCUCUGCGGCCCCUCAGCCGCCCCCUCAGCCCUCCCGGCGAGGCGGCGGCGAUGCUGCAGGCGCCGGUAACAGCGGUGGCAGCGGUGGUGGUAAGCAGCCCGAGCUGAAGCCUGACACGGAUCUGGGUCGUCGCAAGCACCAGCUACCGGAGCGCUCCUCCUCAGGCGAGCGGCCGGCAGCAGCAGCAGCGGCAGCAGGGACGUCUGCAGCAGCCGGGGCUCCUGCGGCAAAGGAGAAGCCCGCGGCUCCCAAGGAGACCAAAGCGCCAGCGGCAGAGGCUGCCGGGAAGGACAAGUCGGGGUCCAAGGUGGCUGCCGCUGUUGCGAAGGGGAAGGCAGCAGCGGAGGCGGCAGCAGCGGCGGUAGCUGCGACCGCUGCCGCUGCCGCGACGGCGGCCUCCUCCGCGACGUCAGCGGCGGCCAGCGCGGUGGGCGCGGUGGCGGCUGCGGCGGUGCGCGGGAAGGGCGGCGGCAAGUCGUCGGGACGUGGGGGUGGGGGUGGGGGUGGCGAGGGCGGCGGGCAGGAGGCGGCUAAGGAGGCAUCGCCGGGGCGGUACCCGGAGCACCUGGGGCAGAGUGAGCUGCAGCAGGGCCUCAAGAGCGGGCAGCUCUUCCGCGUCAAGAUACGAGUCAACCCGGGGGACAGGCGGGAGGCCUACGCCCCCAUCCCCGGCCUGCCGCACGACGUGUUGGUGCGCGGCGACCUGGCUCAGAACCGCAGCCUGGAGGGCGACGAGGUGGCGCUGCAGCUGCUACCCGUGCCCAGCUGGUUCACCGUGAACCGCCUUGCGCAGCAGCAGCGGGAGCAGCGCGAGAGGCAGCAGCGGGAGCAGCAGGGAGCUGAAGUACCCGCUUCCGCCGCCCCCGCCCCCAUCGCCGGCUCGUCUGCUGACGUGGAGUUGGCUGCGCUGCUGUCGCGCGAGGAGGCCCCCUGGCGCUCCUGCAGCGGCGGGGCGGAGGAGGUGAAGGCGCUGGUGCGGCGCAUCCUGGCGGCGCGGCCCGAGCUGAGGGUCACAGGCCGUGUGGUGGCCAUCCUGACCCCCUCCCCCAAGCGCGACCAUCUGGUGGGGCUGCUGCAGCUGGCACCCACCACCCCGACCAGCCUGGCGCCCGCUGCUGCACCCGCGGCGGCACCGGCCCCGCCCGCCACCUCCUCCACCUCCACCUCCUCCGCCUCCGAGUCCUGCCCCGCCCCCCUUCCCCAGCUGCCCACCUGCUACCUGGUGCCCCUCGACCCGCGCAUGCCGCGCUGCGUGGUGCGCCCGGGGGAGCUGCGCAACCUGCCGCCCGCGCUGAUUGAGGAGCUGAGGCGGGGGGAGAGCGCGGAGGCCAGGACGCUCAUGUCCGCCCGCAUCUUCGAGUGGUCCUCCACCCACUCCCAGCCCGCCGUCAGCCUGCGCGGCUCGCUGGGGCAGGCGGGCGAGAUCGAGCCGGAGACCGCUGCGCUGCUGGAGAUGGAGGGCAUCUCGGGGCCGGAGUUCCCGCCCGAGGUGCUGGCCUGCCUGCCGCCCACCCCCUGGAGCAUCUCGCAGGAGGAGCGGGACAAGCGCAGGGACUUCAGGUCCUGUCGCGUCUUCUCCAUCGACCCGCCCACCGCCAAGGACCUGGACGACGCGCUGUCCAUCACCCCGCUGCCGGGGGGCGGCUGGCGAGUGGGGGUGCACAUCGCGGAUGUGGCGCACUUCAUACCGCCGUUCAGCGAGCUCGACAUCGAGGCGGGCCGCCGCGCCACCAGCACCUACGUGGUUCAGCGCAUGCUGCCCAUGCUGCCGCCGCUGCUGUGCGAGGAGCUGUGCAGCCUCAACCCGGGGGUGGAGCGGCUGGCGUUCAGCGUGGUGUGGGACAUGAACGAGGAUGCCUCCAUCCGCUCCACCUGGUUUGGCCGCUCGCUCAUCCGCUCCUGCGCCAAGCUGGCCUACCCGCAUGUGCAGGCCAUGAUCGAGGGGCGCUUCAGCGGGCCCGACUGCGGAGUGGAGCUGCACGGGGAGGGGGUGGGAUGGGACCAGGUGGAGGGCGACUGCCUGGCGCUGUGGUCCCUGGCCAGUCGCAUGCGCGCCGCCCGCUUCGCCUCGGGUGCGCUGAAGCUGGACAACGUGCGGCUGGCAUUCCAGCUGGACAAGGACGGCAACCCUGUCAGCGCGGCGCCGUACGUGCAGAAGGAGUCCAACCAGCUGGUGGAGGAGUUCAUGCUGCUGGCCAACCGCAGCGUGGCGGAGUGCAUCAGCGAGGUGUUCCCGGAGCGGGCCAUGCUGAGACGCCACCCUCCCCCCCUGGUGGAGAAGCUCAAGACCUUCCGCCAGGCCGCGGAGGAGGCGGGAUACCCCAUUGACACCGCCUCCGCGGGCGCUCUGGAGCGAGGCAUUUCGGCGGCAAGGCAGGCAGCAGCAGCGGCGGCAGCAGCGGCGGCAGCCGCCCAGGGCUCCACCUCCUCCUCCUCCACCUCCCUCACUACUACCACUCCUGCUGCAUCAUCAUCAUCAUCAUCAUCAUCAUCACCAUGUCGCCCACCUCCCUGCUCCCCCGGCUUCUCCCCCGCCGACCGGCCCCGGCGGGUGGUGGAGGUGCUGGUGAUGCUGGCCACCCGGCCGCAGCUGCUGGCCGAGUACUUUUGCACGGGCAAACUGGAGGACAGGGAGGGAUGGAGGCACUACGCGCUAGCCGUGGGCGCCUACACGCACUUCACCUCGCCCAUCCGGCGCUACCCGGAUGUGGUGGUGCACCGGCUGCUGGCGGCGGCGCUGGAGCUGCGGCAGCUGCAGCAGCAGGGAGGGAGGGAGCAGCAGCAAGGAGGGGGCGAGGGAGGCGGCAGUGGGGGAGGUGCCUUGUCGCUGGCUGCCGGGGUGGCGCAUCGACACCGCCUGCUGGACACGGAACUGACAGACAAGGUCUCCGUGCACUGCAACGAGCGCCGCAUCAACGCCCGAAACGCGCAGGACGGCUCGCUGCGCCUCUACCUCUGCGUCAUGCUGCGCCGCCACCCGCUCGUCACACUGGGUACCAUCUGCAGCGUCAACGGAGAGCGCUACCUCACCCUCUACCUCACCGAGUUCGGCUGCGAGCUGACGCUGUACCUGGAUCAGGAUCUGGGGGUGCCGUACGAGGCGGCGUGGAACCCGGCUGCCAGGGUCCUCAGUGUGACCCCUGGGUCGGCGGCAGCUGAGGAGGACGGCGGUUCGUCUUCUUCUGCUGCUGAUCAGCACCAGCGGUCGCAGCAGCGGCAGCAUGGUCGGCAGCGUGGGGCCGGCGGCGGCAGAGGAGGCAGGGACGGCGGCAACAACCGCGGGGGUGGUGGCAACCGAGGCGGGAGGGGUGGCGGCGGCGGCUUUGGCGGCACAGGCGGCGGCCCCGGCGGCAGCAGCGAGGACGUGCCUGAUCUGGCCACCUGGGUGCGGUCGCUGCCCGAGGUGCGCAACCCACAUGGGCUGCAGCCGGUGAGUCUGCCGCUGCACCUGCGGCUGUUUGACGAGGUGCCGCUGGUGCUGACGGCGGUGCAGGUGCCGGGGCAGCUGUCGCGGCUGAACGGGCGGGUGUUCCUGCGGGAGGCGGAGGCGGUGAUGAAGGAGCGGG